AUGGCUUCAGCACGCUUGCAAGUUGCCCAUUGGCACAGACACGUGGCGGAGAAAGUCAUUGAGCCAAUGGUUGCCAUGCACAGCUUCGAGUUCAGCAGUGUCUUCAGCGAAGAGACCUCACAGGAGCAGCUCUUCAUGCCCGUGGCCGGCCAGGCAGUAGACGGCGCCCUUCAGGGACGUAGUGGCUGCAUCAUCGCCUACGGCCAGACUGGCUCUGGCAAGACCUACUCGAUAUUCGGCGAGGACGAUGACCCGGUAGAGAGGGGCCUGCUUCCGCGAGCCAUGGAACGGCUGCUGCAUGGAUGUGCUCAGAAGGCAGCCAAGGAUGGGAGUGAGCUCGAUGGCAUCACCGUCAGCUUCUUGGAAGUGUACAUGGACCAGGUGCAGCUGUGCGGUGGCAUGCUGUAG